AUGGCAAAGAACCAAGUCUCACAUCCGCCGGGAGCGCCAGAUGACAUCCAGGACUACUACAUCGAGUACUUCAACCUCGAGACGCAUAGCUCGUACUCGCAUGGAGCUGGCCCGGAUGGCAAGCACGACAGCGCCAUCUCUGACUUUGAGUCGUGCGAAGAUGAACAUUCAGACGCCUCCAAAACAUCGCUGAACUACGGUAGCGUGGCUUUUGGUCAAGACAAAGUUGACGAUCAGCCUGAUCGCCUCCAUUUACCGUCAUUGCGGGGCGCGGAUACAGCUAUGUCGAGUAAACCGGGUUCUUUGAGCAAUGACUAUUUUCCACUCAGGGUUGACGAGGAAGGGCUGGUGUCUUUAGAUUUCCAGGGCAGGUCAUCCCAUAAAAUUCUUGAAUAUUAG